AUGUGACAUUUCCUAGGCAAAAGACAGAUAAAAUUCUAUAGCGUCUGAACCGCUAUAGCUUGCCUUGGCGAGGGUUCUCCGCAGCAACUUGGAGCACCUAAAGGUGACAAGUCAACUCCAAGUUUACAAAAGUGUGUCCUUUUGCAAGGAUUUGCCAACUUGGAGUUGAUUUGUGUCACCUUUAGGUGGCUUGUCAGAGCUCCAAGUUGUUGCGGAGAGCCCUCGCCAAGGCAAGCUAUAGCGUUCAUAGGCUAUAUUGGUAAGCAUCCAUUUUUGUGAGGAAACCCUUACAAAAAAGGCGUUUUUACCCACUGUCAAACCAUGCAUAUCAAAUUUUUCCCGAUGAAAAAAAAAUUCGGCUAA